AAUUAUUUUCUCUUAAAAAUGUAUUUCGAAGAUCAAUUAAUAACCUUUUUCACAAUAAUGAUUAAUGAGUAGUUAAAUUAAUAGUUUAUCAUUUUAAUCAGAAAAAAGGUAUAGUGUCAUAAUAAAAUAUCUUGAAAAACUCAUCUUACAAACUGGAAAUUUAUAUUUUCUGAUCAGUAAAUUAUUUCAUCAAAAAUAUCUCUAUAAUUAUUUACUAUAAAUCAGAUUGGACGGUGAAUUUAAAUUGAGAACUAAAGCAUAAUACCCUACAAUAUGGAAGAAAGUAAAAGUUAUAAAUAUGGAAUCAAAUCAACAUUAGCUCAAGUAAUUUUUUUUAAUUUAUUCAAAUAAUGCUCUUGAGGUAAGUGAUUUGAAGAAAAUAGUAGAUAGAUAUCAUGAAACGAAUUAAGUGGUGCUGGGCAGUAUCGGGAGUAUGGUUAUUACAAAUUGAACUUGGCAUGCAAGUUAUAACAUCCACUAUAGUUAUAGGUGCUUUAGAAAAUAAUGCAUCUAGAGAUGAAAAUGAAUUUUUGACAAUAACAAGCGAAGAAGCAUCUUGGUUUGGUAGUUUGUCAAAUUUGCUCACACCUCUGGGAAAUGUUUUAUCCACGCUUUUACUGGACCUACUUGGUCACAAGAAAUGUAUGAUAUUGGCAAAUAUGCCAUGCCUAGUAGCUCAGAUUAUGUUGUAUUUCGCUACAAAUGUAAAAAUAUUAUACGUUUGUUCAAUCCUAAUGGCUUUGAGCAUUGGGUUUAUGAGUGCCCCGAGUCUUGGAUAUCUCGGUGAAGUGUGCGAACCGAAAUUAAGAGGUAGCUUGUCAUCGACAAUGACCAUAUUCUACUAUGUGGGAACCAUUAUAUUGACAAUGUUGUAUAGUGUUACUAAGCAAUGGAGAUUGACGGUGAUAAUGUCUAUGGUGUUUCCAAUUAUAACCAUUAUUAUAUUAUUAACGAUACCAGAUUCUCCUAUGUGGUUAUUAGCCAAAGGAAAACAUUUAAAAGCACAUACAAAUCUCAGAAAAUUGAGAGGAAAUGUUUCAUAUGACAAAUGUGAAAACGAAUUUCAAGAAAUGAUUAGAUACAAUAUGCCUUCUAACAAUGACAAAUCGCACCAAAAAGAAAAUACAAAUACUUGGAAACAAUUUUUUAAACCUGCAGUACUAAGACCUUUUCGUCUUAUGAUGAUAUACUUCUUCUUCAAGAAUUUAUUGUGUGGAUUACCGUUAGUACCAUAUUUAGUAUCAAUAUUUAAUAAAUUUGGUGCACCUGUUAAUGUCGAGUGGACAAUAUCGUUUGCAAUGUUCCUUUCUAUAAUAGGAAGUUUAAUCGCAGUUUUUCUAAUUCCUAAAUUAGGCAAACGAUUUCUUACAUUAUUUACGUUAUCGGUUUGCUCCGUUUGCUAUAUAAUUAUUGGAUUAAUUGGUAUUUAUUGGAAAAACGCACAAUCAAUAACAUCAUGGACAAUACUAGUACUUUAUCUUACUACUAUUUUUAUUUCAUCAACUGGAAUAACGCCAAUCGCAUGGACACUUAUCACUGAAAUAUUUCCUGUAAAGUAUAAAAACAUUUUAUGCAACAUUUCUUCAGCAUUAUUCUAUGUGAUAACGUUCUUUAUGACAAAAUAUUAUCCAGAAUUUUCAAAUGUAGUGGAAUUUUAUAAUGCAUUUACUAUAUGUGGUAUUUUUGGUUUAUUUGGCUGUAUAUAUUUCUAUUUUUGUUUACCAGAAACCGAAAACAAAACAUUACAAGAAAUUACUGCAUUUUUUAAAAAUUAAACAAUUAAAAAUAUAAUAUAAUAUUAUCAAAGUGAUAAAUGUACUGAUUUUAUCAUAAAAGUUUUUUUUUUUGGGGGAAAGAGCACAUGAUAAUUUGUUGAUAAAAUGCUGCAAUAUUCAAAAAGUACAGGUGGUAUUGAAUAUUAAAUUUAAAUUUAAUUUGUAGGUAUUUUACACAGGUAAAAUUUAAAUAUUCAUUGAACUUAUUAUUAUUAUCGAUUAAAACAAACCAAAAAUUAAGGAAUUUUUGUAUACAAAUUUAAUGUUUAACAAUAUUCGACUUUAUUUUUUUAUGUAACUCAAAAACUAAUACCCAUAGAUACUUAAAAUGUUUACCAAAUGUUUAUAUUAUUAAAGUAUCAAAAUAUUUUGACUA